AGCAGCUCACUUUUUAAAGUUGUAUCUCAAUUAUUUUUAAUACAAAAUAAUAAUUUUUUUAGAUAAUGAGCAAGAGGAACGUCCCGGUCCCUCCAGACAAAUGGCUUCCGGUUCAAUUGGAGAUAAUAUGCAAGGCGAAGGUGUCGGUUCUUCUAGACAAAGGGAUUCCGAUCCAACUGAACAGCCGGACAAUGUAGGCAAAGAAUCCGUAACAACGAAGGAACAGAAGUUGAAACAAAAUAAAAGGAAACUCGAAUUCGAAUCCUUAAAAAUGAAGGAACAGGAGUUAAAGCGUAAGAAAAAGAAGCUCGGAUCCAAAAUCUCUGACGCGGACUCGAAAGAUGAUAAGCAAGAGGAACGUCCCGGUCCCUCUACACAAAUGGCUUCCGGUUCAACUGGAGAUAAUAUGCAAGGCGAAGGUGUCGGUUCUUCCAGACAAAAGGAUUCCGAUCCAACUGGACAACAGAGGGACGCAAGUGCCGGUCCCUCUAGACAUAUAGAUUCCGAUCCAACUGGACAGCCGGAAACGGUCGAAUGCAAUAUCUGUUUAAAAACUUUUCCGUCUGAGGACGUGCUUAAGAAUCAUUUAGAGUACCACAAAAUUGCAAAGAAUAAGUUUCCUUGCAAAUUUGCGGCUUAA